AUGACCAGUUACAUGACCAUGGACGAAACUAGUGAUGGAUCUACUGAGCCUACUCAUGCCCGCGAUCUGACAGCGGCCGGCCAUUCUACUACAGUAUGGACACCAGCGGGGGUUGCACGGCUGCGGGAUAUUGGUGUUGCUCCCGCUACCGCCACAGUAGCCGAAACUACGAUCGAGCAGAGGCUGUUCCACAUCGCAAGGAAGGAUUAA